AUGGCAAGCACAGAGACCAACAGCAGUCGGCCGUGGGCCGACGGACCUUUUGAACUGAUUUCGAUUACAUCUCUUGGGUACAAGCCCGGGGAGAAAGUCGCGCCAUACCACUCCAUGGCCGCGGAAAUGAUCACCGUCCAUAAUUGCUUAUUAAGGGGCAUCAACAGCAUCUAUCUCCAGUGCGUCAACGUGGAACGUUCGCCAGAUAGCGUUCCGGCUUUCAUUAAAUACGCAAAGGCAUGGGGCCACAUUCUUCAUGAACAUCACACAACCGAAGAGGAAUGGUUUUUCCCCGAGAUUGAGGCAAUCACUGGCGAGGAAGGUAUCAUGAACGUCAACGUCGAGCAACAUCAUGCCUUUGACGAUGGCCUCAAAGAGUACAACGCUCAUUUGGAGAAUGCGGAAACCGGUAAGGAAAAGUACGAUGGGGCUAAGCUCAAGAGUAUAAUAGACUCAUUCAUGCCUGUUCUUAGGCAGCAUUUGGAAGAUGAGAUCUUUACUCUCAAAGCCUUUGAAAGGUAUAAGGAUAAAACCGACUGGGCCAAAUGGACAAAGGAGACAGCAUCGAAGGCAAUAAAAGCGACUCAGACUGCUGAUGGCAUGGUUGUGGAUUUGCCAUUUAUGGUACAUAAUCACGAGGUUGCGUUCGAACAAGUUGGCAGUUGGCCGCCAGUCCCGUCUAUCCUUUUCUUCAUUCUAAAAUUUCUUUAUUUUGGAAAGCACUCUGACUGCUGGCAAUUCGCGCCUUGCGACAAAAGCAGCAAGGCCAAAGAUCUCCCUUUUGCCUUAUGA